AUGAAGAGCUCAAAUACUACUAACAAAUACAUUCAUGCCGACUUACAGAAGGCGGCCGAAGAAGGCAAUCUUGAUCCAUUGAUCAAGGAGCAUGGAUCGACUCUUGAUAGCCUGGAGACCCCAAAUAAAAAUACAAUAUUGCAUAUUUACCUUACCUCUCAAAGUGAAAGAUCCUCCAAAUUUGUAAAAGAUGUACUUGGCAUUUGCUCGUCACUCUUACUGAAGGUCAAUGUCAACGGCGAUACUCCAUUGCACAUUGCAGCAAGAUACGGACAUGCUGACGCAGCAAAAGAGUUAAUCGCAGAGGCUUCACACCAUAGUGAAAUAGAUAUAGAGCGCGGAGAAGGGCCAAGAGACGGGGUAAGGAAAAUGUUAAGGAUGACAAAUAAAAAUAAAGAAACGGCCUUGCAUGUAGCGGCACGAUAUGAAAGAAGUCUUGGUGUUGUGGAAGCAAUAUUGAGUAAUGAAGAUCCAGAGUAUACAUAUUCUGCCAAUGAUUGCGGGGAAACUCCGCUUUACCUGGCUGCUGAUAAUGGAUGUGAAGAGAUAGUCCUUGAACUACUAAGAAAUCCCAAUUCAAAAUCACUGAAUUAUGUCGGCCCCAGUGGUAAAACGGCAUUACAUGCGGUGGCAAUGAACUGGGACAUUAAUCGGAAAAGUAAAGUGAUUAUAGACAAGCUAUUGGAUAAAUGGAGUAGCUUGGCUAAAGAUACAGAUGAAGAAGGAUGGAUUCCACUUCACUAUGCUGCGUAUAAGCAUCGUACUUCAGUGGUCAGAAAGCUACUAGAAAGGGAUGAAUCUAGUGCUUAUGUUGCAGAUAAAUACUGGAAGAGGACAGCUCUUCACAUUGCAGCCUGUAGAGGCUUCAUAGAUACGAUGGAAGAGAUCAUUUCUAAAUGCCCAAAUUGCUGUGAACUUACUGACAUUAGAGGCUGGAAUGUUCUUCAUUAUGCAGUGAUCAGCAAAAAAAAUGAAAUAAUAAAAGCAGUGCUCAAACAUUCAUCAUUGUUUUACCUUUUAGAUGAAAAAGAUGUUAAAGGGAAUACGCCUGUCCAUCUAUAUAGGACUUAUCAUCCUGAUUACGACCAUCUGCCUUCUUUCAUAAAAGGAGAAGAUACUGAUAUCUCGAAAUGUUGGAAAAAACUGCACAAAGAAGUUCAAUUCAGUGGAAACUUAUUCUUAAAGAAGAAUGACAAUUUAAAAUGGAUGAAAGACCUUGGCGGUGGACCAUUGGGGAAAAUGGUAAGAAAAUCCAAGGAAGAGAAAGAGGAACAAGAAGAAAGGAGAAAAAAAAACGUGGUACUUAAAUUCGAAAAAGUCAAAGACUCUCAUUUGGUGGCUGCAACGCUCAUAGCUACGGUAACUUUUGCCGCAGGUUUCACUUUACCUGGCGGUAAUAUCAGUGAAGAAAACGAUUUGAAGAAGGGGAGUCCUAUCCUAGGCAAAAAUUUGGCUUUUAAAGCAUUUAUGAUAUCAGAUACUAUAGCUAUGGUUUUAUCUACUUGCUCUGUCUUUAUUCACCUUACGCUGGCGGUUGUAGGAUAUCUGAGAAGAUACUAUUGGUUAAUAAGGCGUUCUUUCAGUUUCCUUUUCUAUGCUAUAGUAGCAAUGGUGAUUACAUUUGUGACAGGCACUUAUGCAGUUCUAACGCCUUAUUGAUUACAUUUGGUCAUUUGUGUCAUUGGGUUGAGCUUCUUCUGCUUCUUAUUUUAUUUCAUGAUAAGGGUAUCAUGGAAUUUAAAUUCUUUGGAUGACGAUGAUGAUAAGGACUAUGGUGAUGGUAUUACUUCUAAGGAUCAAGCCGAAAUUUUGUCAUGGGUGACUGGCGGAAUCUCUUUUUUGCUUUCAAUUAUCAGAAUUCCAGAUUUGAUUAAAAAGAUUAAGGAUUUGCUAAAGAAGUAUUAUUAG